GGAAAUGUGAAUGCGGUUCAAUUCCAUCCAGAGAAGAGUGGAGAUGUUGGCCUCUCUAUUUUGGGAAGAUUCUUGAAUCCGAAGUCAAACAUGGCAAAGAAGCCUGGGGAAGGAAAAGCUUCAAAACUUGCAAAAAGGGUGAUUGCUUGUCUUGAUGUGAGAACAAAUGAUAAGGGGGACCUUGUUGUAACCAAAGGAGACCAGUAUGAUGUAAGAGAACAUACAAAAGAGAAUGAGGUAAGAAAUCUUGGCAAGCCAGUUGAUCUUGCUGGACAGUACUAUAAAGAUGGAGCUGAUGAGGUCAGCUUUCUAAAUAUUACUGGAUUUCGCGACUUCCCUCUUGGUGAUUUACCGAUGAUUCAGGUAUUGCGAUACACAUCAGAAAAUGUUUUUGUACCCUUAACAGUUGGGGGAGGAAUUAGAGAUUUCACAGAUUCAACUGGGAGGUACUAUUCAAGUUUGGAAGUUGCUUCUGAAUACUUUAGGUCUGGGGCUGAUAAGAUUUCCAUUGGAAGUGAUGCAGUUUAUGCUGCAGAAGAAUAUUUAAAAACCGGAGUAAAGACUGGGAAGACCAGCUUGGAGCAGAUAUCAAGAGUUUAUGGCAAUCAGGCAGUGGUUGUUAGUAUCGUUCCCCGUAGAGUGUAUGUAAAGGAUCCUAAUGAUGUGCAAUUGAAGACCAUAAGGGUUUCAAGUCCAGGUCCAAAUGGAGAAGAAUAUGCAUGGUAUCAAUGUACAGUUAAUGGGGGACCAGAGGGCCGGCCAAUUGGUGCUUAUGAACUAGCAAAAACAGUUAAAGAGCUUGGUGCUGGUGAAAUACUACUUAAUUGCAUCGAUUGUGACGAUAAAUAUAAUUAUGUAUCCUUUAGUUAUAUUUCACUAUAUUUUUUCUUCAUCAAGAGCAGUUUGUUUUUUUCUUCUUUGAAACACUGGUUUUUAACUAAGUCAAAUGGACAUUGUGUAAUUCAUGUAAUUGACCUCACCGAGUGUGAUAAGGCUUUUGUUCGUUUGUAAGAGCAGUUUUUUUUU